AUGGAAUCUAGGUUGAAGCUGAGCAAACUGAGUACAAAUCCACCAGUUGAUGCUACUCUAUAUAGGAGCAUUGUUGGAAGUUUGAGGUAUCUUGUUAAUACAAGGCCGGACAUAGCAUAUGCGGUCGGGAUUGUAAGUCGAUUCAUGGAAGGUCCUACCACUCAACAUAUGGCCGCUAUGAAGCAUAUACUCAUGUAUGUGAGUGGUACAUUGAAUUUUGGAUGUCACUAUACAAAGAUAAAGGAUGAGAAACCGCAGCUAGUUAGGUAUAGUGAUAGUGACUUAGCUGGCGAUGUUGAUGAUCGCAAGAGUACUACUGGAGUUGUCUACUUUCUUGGUCCAAAUCUAAUCACUUGGAUGUCACCGAAGCAGAAAGUAGUGGCACUAUCAUCUUGCGAGGCGGAGUAUAUUGCUGCAACAAUGGCUGCAUGUCAAGGUAUAUGGCUAAAUCGUUUAUUAGCUGAUUUGAUGAAGCAAGAGUUGAGCUCGGUGGUUCUUAAGGUGGACAACAAAUCUGCAAUUUCCCUUUGCAAAAAUCCUGUCCAUCAUGAUAAGAGCAAGCACAUUGACACAUGA